UAUCUCCAAAUCGAAAGUAUCAAGAGGAAAUUGAGGACAUCACGGAUUACGACCUUCUUUUAUAGUCUAUGAUUGUGUCUCUGAAAAGUGAAAAAUAUUGAGCCUAUUUUAGAUAUAAGUGUUGUAGAUUCAGUUUUAAAUAGACUAACAGUUAAGUCUCAACAUGUCUAAAACUUCUGUACUCAAGAUAAGUCGCGAGAAUAUAGUUAAGGUUGAGAACUUUCGCCAGUCACUCUAUCGACAGGCGGAGAAUCUGUUUUCAAACCACAUCCCUCUGAAGAUAGCACAACUGGACGACUUGCUCCAGGACAAACGCUUCUCCAUCACAGACCUCUCCUCUAUCCAUGCCCCCUUGGACAUUCCCAUCCCAGAUCCCCCAGUCCCAGAGGAGGAGGAGAUGGAGACUGAUAAAGAUGAUGAAAAGAAGAAGAAAAAGGCUCCAAAGUGUGGCUUCAUCAAGGGAAAUGAGAAAAUUGUGAAGCUCCUGGACAUAGUAAAACCAGAGAUUGUGGUUUUGAAGGAGACCUGUAUCACAGUAUCCUGUUGGAUUCAGCAUCUCAUUCCCAAAAUUGAAGAUGGAAAUGACUUUGGGGUUGCCAUUCAAGAAAAAAUAGUGGAAAGGAUAGCUGCUGUGAAGACCAAAGUGGAGGGAUUUCAGACUAACAUAAACAAAUACUUUUCAGAAAGGGGGGAUGCAGUUGCCAAAGCCUCCAAAGAUACUCAUGUGAUGGACUACCGUGCUUUGGUCCAUGAGAAAGAUGAAGCAGUGUACUCUGAGAUCCGAGUGAUUAUCCUGGACAUUCGUGGCUUCUAUGCUGAACUGUAUGACAUCAUCAGCAAGAACCUCGAGAAAGUAACCAACCCAAAGGGAGAAGAGAAACCCUCCAUGUACUGAUUUUUGUUCGUUUAAACUGGGAUUUUUGCAUUACCAUUGACUACAAUACCAACAUGACUACAGUUUUUGUUGUUCUCUAUUUCAAUCAAUUAAAACAGCCUUGGUACAGCGAAA